GUGCACCUCGCUAGCUUUCCUUCACUAGCUUAGCUCAGUUCGAUCUAAGAGCUCGAAGGUAUUCAUUCAUCAAUGGCUGAGUCCACGGUAAGCGCCGUGCUUGGAAACAUUGGCAGUCUCGUCAUCGAGGAGACCAAGUUUCUGUGUGCAGUCACCCUUCAGGUGGCCACCCUGAAAAAUGACCUGAUGCGGCUGCAGGGCUACCUCAAGGACGCCGACAGCAGACGCCGGUCAGGGAACGAUGCACGAGCUGCUACCUUAGUGAUACAGAUCAGGGCUGCAGCGUACGAGGCCGAGACUGUCAUUCAAGCCGCAGAUCACAUGGAGAAGAGAAACAGGCUGAAGAAUGGCUUCUUAGGCGCCAUCUCAAGGUAUGCUCGCUUGCCGACCGACACGACCACCAUUCGUGAGAUUGGUGUUGAGAUUGAAUGUGUGAGGAGCAACCUCAGUGAGAUAUUUGCCAGUAUAGAGAGUCUGGAGAUAGUUGAUCUAGGUAAUAGUAAUGUUGUUGAGGAUGAGCCUCCAGAAGAGCUUAGCAUUCUGCAGCAAACAAUCGAAGAGGAUAUUGUCAUGGUUGGUUUCCGGGGUGACUUCACAGAAGUAGUGGAGAAGUUAGUUGACAAAGAGAACAAUACUCUUAGUGCUGUCUCCAUAGUUGCCAUAGGUGGGGCUGGAAAAACAACACUCUCUAGAAAAAUAUACUCUAGAAUGUCAAAACAUUUUGAGACUGUCGCAUGGGUGACUGCAUCUCAAAUGUUCAAGGGCAUUGAUUUACUAAAGGAUAUUUUGAAACAGAUUGUGGAUGAUAUAGAUGAGUACAACUUAAUAGAUCAAAUGAGUGAGUAUGAAGUGGGAAAGAAGAUAAAUGAUUUUCUGAUGCAGAAGAGCUACUUAGUAGUUCUCGAUGAUUUGUGUGAAGUAGACACAUGGGAGCAGAUAAAUAAAACACUUAAAAUCUUUCCAGAUGCAAACAAUGGUAGUAGAGUUAUAUUAACAACAAAAAAGAAAGAUGUUGCCGAUCAUGUUGAAAUGCGGAACUUUGUUCACACUCUGAAGCACUUGGACGAAGAAGAAAGUUGGGAACUCUUCAGCAGCAAAGCUUUACCAUCAUACAAUAGGCCUGCCAUAAAUUAUGUGCAUGCAUUUGAGGAGAUUGGAAGAAAGCUUGCGAGGAAGUGCAAUGGAUUACCACUUGCGCUUGCAGUUUUGGGGUCUUAUCUAUCAAAGAAUCUGAAUUUACAAACAUGGUCUGACAUAGAGUUGGGUUGGCCUGUAUCGACCAACGAUACACCACAGAUGAUGCGAGACAUACUAGCUCGCAGUUACAAAGGCAUGCCAAACAGUUAUUUUAGGUCUUGCUUGCUCUCUCUUGCCACUUUUCCAGAGGACGAUAUAAUAUUUGUAUCUGAUCUUAUUCAAUUAUGGAUAGUAGAAAGCCUCAUUCCACAUACACCAAUUCAUACACAAGAAGAAACUGCACAUAUAUAUGUAACAGGGUUAGCCGAGAGAAGCUUGGUCCAAAUCGUUGAAAUAAGCAAGGCACAUGGAUGGAUUGAGAAAAUAAAGAUUCAUGAUAAUGUGCGUCAGUGGUGCAUAGAAGAAGCAAGACAAGACGGUUUCCUAAAUAUCAUCGAUAAGUCUACAGGCCAAGCUGGUGCACCAUCAUCAUCAUCUGAUACCAUCUUAUCAUAUCGUACUUCCUUUCAGAACACUAGUGCUCAGACGUUACAAGCAACAACUCCUAAUCUCCGAAGUUUCUUUGGCUUUGGUCUCUCAUCAGUAAUUGUUGACCCUAAGCUGAGAUUAUUGAGAGUUAUACACGUCCAUGACUCAAGCCUGAAGAAUUUCAACAAGGUAAUUGGUGAGUGCACUCACCUAAGAUAUCUCAAGUUGAGAAAUUGCAAGGACGUGAGUAUCCCUUCUUCAGUCGGACAACUCCUUUACUUGCAAAGUAUAGAUCUGCGGGGCACAGAAUUGGAGAAGGUAGUUCCAAACUCACUUUGGGAUAUCCCUACUCUAAAGCAUGUUUAUGUUAGUAAGGUGACUCCACCACCUGCAAGGAGUUCUCUCCAACCAACAGAGCUCCAGACCUUAGCACUAAAUCUUGAUUCUGCUGGCACUGAAUAUCCCUACCAUGCCAUGGCUGCAUUCUUGGAGCGAAUGACUCGGUUAACAUCAUUGACCUUGAUAGUGAACUCCAUGCCUGCCGAGAUGAUUAAAAUAUUUGCAAACAUGCCUCACCUAGUUGAUCUUACCAUGUAUGAAUUCCAUGUGCUGGAUAAGCUACCUGAGAGCCAUCAUUUUCCACAAAAGCUACGGCGUCUUUGUCUAUACGCCCGUACUAUCAACGAAGACCCACUGCCAAUCCUCCAGAAGCUUCCCUGCCUUGUGGUGCUCGUGUUGAAGGGGUAUGGAGGCCAAACCAUGUCCUGCUCGACCCAAGGGUUUCCUGAGUUACAAGAGCUAGAGCUUGCAAGGAAUUUUAACACCGAGGAGUGGAGAAUGCAGUUUGGGUCAAUGCCAAAGCUCACUAGCCUAAAACUUAGGAAUUUCUCUAAGAUGAAGGAGCUCCCCCAAGCGUUGCUGCAUACAAACCUCGGUUACCUGGAACUUACAAGUACCUUCUUGAUUUCUCGACAAGACAGCACGCUGAAGGAGCUGAAGCGAAGAAAAUGCAAGGUGAAUGAUCAGUAUAAGAGCAAUGGACGCAUGGAUCUUGUUAUGCGAGGGCAGUACCAGGUGGACAUGUCAAAAUAUCGUCUCACCAGGGGUUAAUUAUUUCCCUGGCUAAGUCCAAAUUAAUAAUAAAAAAUAUUAUUAAAGUAAUUACUUAUUAAAUUAAUAAAGCAUCCUUUAUCGAAGUCCAAAUUAAUUUUCUUGUGUGUCUGUUUGUGUGACUCUUUGUAUUGUAAUAAUAAAAUGGAAAUGGGGCAUCCUUGUAUCCUGGGCUUGAUGAGACGGUGAUGGACAGUUUGUAUUUGUAUUUCUCCUGAUUAGUUUGUACUACUGUUUUCAUAAGAAA